CCAUCGUGUGUGAUGAGUGACCACAAAUGAAUUUGGUGUGAGAAUGAGACGACUAUAGAAAGCAACUGAUUUAGAUUAAGUCGGUCGUGUUACAGUUCUUGAGCUGACAUGGUUUAAAAUAACAGUUAAGCAAAAUACUGCCAGAAAAUCCUGCCUUAUCGCGCUGUGUGCGAGUCCCUCCCCACCGCUCCACAGACCCGCCUUCCCGCUCAUGUGCUGGCUGGACGCUGCGCUCCGGGCAGGUGGCAACAUCAGAGAAAAACAUUAGACACCAGCGAGGAAAAAAUCUCUGACUAUUUUAGCUAAAGAAAAACAAACGAAGAAAAUGUUCAGACGAAUAUUACAAAUGACUCCUGGAAAAGGAGGCUCCCAGACAUCUGAGUCUGACCAGCCCUCUGCUGAUAUGAACAAUGAGACUUCAGAGGGCUUCAUUUGUCCACAGUGUAUGAAGUCUCAUAACUCUGCUGAGGAGCUUUUCAAGCAUUAUGAAGUUUACCAUGAGCCCCAGGAGCAGCCCUCUCACCUCGGCCCUGCCAGGGAGGACCUAGCUCUUCUGCGGCAGGAAGUACAGGAUUUACAGGCUUCAUUGAAGGAAGAACGAUGGUUUUCAGGGGAACUGAAAAAAGAACUAGACAAAGUACAAGGACAACUGAAGCAAGGUCCGCAGAAUGAUGGCCAGGCAGGCAUGGAAGAGUCAGAGUUAGAGAUGAAGCUGCAUGAGGCUGAAACAGAGAAGUUCAACAUCAAACAGAUGAAAGACUUGUUUGAACAGAAGGCUGCCCAGCUGGCCACUGAGAUAGUAGACAUCAAGUCUCGCUAUGAUGAAGAGAAGAGUCUGAGAGAGGUGGCAGAGCAGAGAGUUGCCAGUCUGCAGCAGGACCUUCAGAGAGAGAGGCAGGAGAAAGACAAACUUGCCACAGAGCUGCUUCAGAGGCCUGGAGUGGAGGAUGUGGAGGUAUUGAAGAGGGAGCUGGUGCAGGUGCAGACGCUGAUGGACAAAAUGACACGUGAGAGAGAGGAGGAGUCAGAGCGGCUCAAAAACCAGUACGAACAGCUGCAGGCUAACUUCACUACCUCAGAGACAACAAUCACCCAGUUGAAGGCCGAGCUGGAGAAAGGUCCCCAAGAAGCUGCUGUGUACACACAACAAAUCCACCAACUACAGAGCAACCUGAACAACCUCCAGCAACAGAGCCAGCUGCUGUCAGAGAAGCUGACCCGCAAAGAGAAGGAGAACCAGGAGCUGGAGGAACACCUAGGUCAGGAGCAGACCUCCAAGAAGAAUCUCCAAGCCAGCUUGCACCAGAGGGAGCUGGAGCUGCAGGAGGUCCAAGCGCGAGCAUCCGCAGGGGAGAAUUCACUCGGGCGGACUCAGGCUGAGUUAGCUGAGCGCGGAGAGGAGGCAGCUCGUCUCAGGCGGGAGCUUGCUGAGCUAGAGAAGAGCUACCAAGAGCUAAAGGCCGAACGCAAGCAGCUGCAGCAGCAGAGAGAAGAGAGAGAGAGCCAGGGUUUGCAGCAGCAGAGUGAGAUUAGUCAGCUGCAUGCAAAGCUGCUGGAGGCUGAGCGGCAGCUGGGAGAGGUGCAGGGCCGGCUGAAGGAGCAGAGGCAGCUGUCCGGAGAGAAACUCAAAGACCGCGAGCAACAAGUCGCUGAUCUGCAGCUCAAACUCUCCCGCUUGGAAGAGCAGCUGAAGGAGGACACCACCAAAUCCACAGACCUGCAGCAUCAGCUAGACAAAUCCAAACAGCAGCACCAAGAGCUGCAAGCUGUCCAGCAGAGCACCAAUGGCAAGCUGCGAGAAGCACAGAAUGACUUGGAGCAGGUGCUGCGUCAAAUUGGAGACAAAGACCAGAAGAUCCAGAACCUGGAGGCACUUCUGCAGAAGAGCAAGGCCAGCCUGAGCCAACUGGAGGCUGAAAGAGAGGAUCUGUGUGCCAAGAUUCAAGCAGGAGAGGGAGAGGCUGCCUUACUCAACCAGCUGCAGGAGAAGAACCACAUGCUACAGGAACAGAUAACUCAGUUGACAGACAAGCUGAAAAACCAGUCAGAGAGCCAUAAACAGGCCCAAGAGAAUCUCCAUGAGCAGUUGCAGGAGCAGAAGAGCCAGCUGCGCUCAGCACAGGACCGCUGCCAGGGCUUAGAGAGCACUGUGACUGAUUUAACUGCUCAGCUCACCCAGAGCAAGGAGAGAGUGGCUCAGCUCGACACCCAGCUGAAAGCCAAGACAGAAAUGCUACUGUCUGCUGAAGCUGCAAAGAUUGCCCAGAGAGCUGACCUUGAGAACCAUCUAGAAACUGCCCAGAAUGCACUGCAGGAUAAGCAGCAGGAAAUAAGUAAGGUCCAGGCACAGCUGGAGGAGCAGGGCCGUAGACUGCAGGAGAAGCAGGAGCAGUGCUCUCAGCUAGAGGCCAGUCUAAAGGAGAGCAAGGACAGGUUGCUGGCUGCAGAGCAGAGGAUCGACACCCUGGAGAGCCAAGCCAAGAAAGCAGAGGCUGAGCUGACAGAGCUGCGCUCAGGGAGGGAGCAGGCACAGAAGGAGCAGCAGAGACAGCAGCAGCACACCAGUGAGCUGGAGAAGAAAAACAAAGAGCUCAGCCGCCUGCUGGAUACUGAAAAACAGGGGGCUGCAGCACUGCAGGAGGAAGUGCAGAAGAAGAGCUCAGCUUUGGCAGACACACAAAAGCACCUGGAGAAGCUGGAAAAAGAGAAGAUUGGCCUGCAGACCAGCCUAGACCAACUCACCAAGGAGGGGCAAGUGAGACAGGCUGAGUUAGAGAAGAAGCUCCAGGGGCAGAGUGUGGAGCUCCAAAAGGCCCAUCAGGAGAGAGACAUGCAGGCUAAAGAGCUCAUUUCAGUAAAAGACGCUCUGAGUAAGGCCUCUGCAGCCCUAAAAGAGAACCAGACCCAGCUGGAAAAGGAGAAGAAGAGCAGCAUUGCAGCCCUGGAGGGGAAGGAGAAAGCUCACAAGAAGGCCCAGCAGGAGCUUCAGAAGAGUGCAGAAGCUACAUCUAAAGAGCUGAGCACGGCUAAAUCUCAACUGGAGAAAAUGGCAGAGGUAGAGAAGGGGCUUCAGGCCCAGGUGGCAGCGGUGAAUGCCCAGUUGAAACAGACACAGGAUGCUCUGAAAGAAAGGGAGAAGGAGGUACAACAGCUGCAGGCACAGCUCAAGACAGCCCAGGAAUCCUUCAACAAGGAAGCUAAGAAACUGCAGACUCAAGUGGCAGAGCUGCAGACUGCCCAAACUCAAAAGGUGGAAGAGUUUACUAAGCUGAAGGAGCAGAUGGCAGGACUGUCUAAAGAGCUGAGCUCAGAGAAAAGUCGCAGUGCAGAGGUACAGAAGUCCUGUGACAGCACCAAGGAGAGUCUGGCCAAACUACAAUCUGACUACUAUGGCAAGGAAUCUGAGGUGUCUGCCCUCCGUCAGGACCUGAAGGUGUGUGAGGAUAAGUUGGCUUUGGCUCAGGAGGAGCUGGUAGCCAGCACCAACCAGUUGAACAACCGUGAGGCCCAAAUCCAGGAACUGAAGGCAGGCCAUGCUGCCCUGGAGAAGGACCUGAGCAAGAGAGAUGAGAACCUCAAGCAGCAGGAGGAAGCACUCAAAGAACUUCAAAAACAAAAGGAGUUGACUCAGGAGGAGUUGAAGAAGGUGCAAUCUCAGGUGGAGGAGCUGCGGGCGGCUCAGACUGCACUAGAGAAGGACCGCAGCAAGCUCAGUGCUGAACUUAAAGCUCUGGCAGACAAGAAUGAGAAGGAAGUGAAAGAGCUGCAGGCAGCAAAGCAGCUGUUACUCCAGCAGAAGGUGGAUAUACAAGGCAAAGUGGAGGCAACCCAGGCAGCCCUGGAGAAGGAGCAGAGAGAGCACCAAACUACCCGUGACUCUAUCACACAGACACAGCAACAGCACAAAGCAGAGACUGACAAACUCCAUAAACAGCUGGCGUUGGAGGUGAAGGCCAAAGAAGAGGUGGAGAAGCGGAGAGAGGAGGCUGAGACGAAGCUCUCAAUGCAGGUGUCUGCACUGAAUGAGAAUGUGGCCACACUCAAGCGUGAGUGGCAGGGCAGCCAGCGGCGUGUGGGUGAGCUGGAGAAGCAGACGGACGAGCUGCGAGGAGAGAUUGCUGUGCUGGAGGCCACCGUGCAGAACAACCAAGAUGAGAGGCGUGCCCUUCUGGAGAGGUGUGUAAAAGGCGAGGGCGAGAUUGAGAAAUUGCAGGCUAAAGUGGUGGAGACGAGAAGGAAACUGGAUGACGCAACAGCCGCCAUGCAGGAGCUGGGCCGAGAGAACCAGUCUUUACAGAUAAAGCAGUCACAGUCACUCACGCGGAAGUGGGCAGAGGACCAUGAGGUGCAGAACUGCAUGGCCUGUGGGAAAGGCUUCUCCGUAACCAUUCGGAAGCACCACUGUCGUCACUGCGGCAACAUCUUUUGCGCUGAGUGCUCAUCGAAGAGUGCCCUGACGCCGUCCUCUAAGAAGGCUGUGCGAGUGUGCGAGGCGUGUUAUGAGGAGCUGCAGGGCUGACCACUGUCCACCUCCCUGCCCUUCCAGCCUGCUGCUCCUCUAGCCUCUCCUUCACACACUCUAAACUGACUCUCCCCAUGCAGGAGAGAAGCUUUACUCAGCUCCACAGGAAGGGGUCAGAGGUGUGGUGGGGCAGCAGGGCUGCAGGGGGGAGGAUGAGGAGCUGCCUGCUUUGAUCUGCUGACUGGGCUUGAGGUGGCCUCUCUGUUGUGCCAGAGAGGGGGACUUGAGAAAGUGCAGCAGCCAAACCAGAGUGACAGUCCUCAUCUGAACAGUGCCUUGGUCACUUCUGGGGCCAUUUGGUGCUCCAGAAAAUUUGAAAAAAGGGAGAGAAAUACAGCAGUGUUGUACGUUUUGGCCCUUUUCCAUGUUUAUUUGUAAUGGAAGUUGUUUUAAAUGAGUUUUAACAGAUUCUGUCCACUGACUGCCAAGACUGGGAGACUUUUACUCUAAGCUUAAACACAGCAGUAGUGAAUGUUCAAGAGUGGCAUUCAGGCAAAGGUGUUGUUUUUCUUUUUUUUUAAAUGAUGUCAUAAGGUUAAAAUCAGAAUAGGGUGAGAUAGAGAGAUGCAAGUACAGAGGGCUUGAGCUUGAUCAGCUACAGCAUGCUCUCAUCUUAGUGACUGGCUCAGGGAAUGUGGUCAGAACCAAAGGCUGUGUACACUGUCCUUAGACAGAUCUGGAUUGGUGCCAGAUAUUUACAUGAAGGCACAGAUGAGCUGUGGAAAAAUGUCUAAGGCUUGUCAGAGUCUUUUUCAACUCGGCUGAAAUCCUCCUGAAUAUGUAUCAUUUUUACAGGCAUGUUUUUUUUUUAUUAUUUUCCAAGUAAUGGUGGUGUAAAAUACAUGCUUGCUAUGCUGCUCAUAUCUUGAAUCAUGAAUACAACACGCAUUAUUAUAAGUUCCUUGGAUAUGCAUGAUUUCUUCUCUAAUACUUGGUUAAGUAUCCAAAUGCUUUAUUGACGGCGCUGAUCCUGUCAGGUAAGGAUUACACGAGUCUUGAGACAGCUCCUGUCCAUUUUUAGCCCACUCUUUCUCUAACGUUAUGCUUCAUGUUCGAGUAGAACACAACAUUGACAUUCCCACAUUCCAGGAUGGCAACUGUAGGGUGUCUGUAUUUGACUGGUUCACUGGGACAGUGACUGGCCAGCAGUAUCUCCAGACCUCAAUCCCAGUUCUUAGUUUGGAACAGCAGUUGAAAUGCUGAAAUACGAGUCCUUGGACAAGACUCCUGAUGAUACAUUCACCUACCUCUCUAUCGCUUUAUGUAUCGCUCAAUGUAAGUCGCUCUGGAUAAGAGCAUCUGGCAAAUGCAGAAAUAUAAAUGGAAAUGGAAAAAGGCGCACAAAAAUUCUAGAAAUGAACACCCAGAAUGUGGAAGAGUGGUUUAGAAUGAACAGGAACUUAAGAGCCUGCUACAGUCCUUACCUGACAAGAUUGGUGCUGUUAUAAAGGCAAGGAGAUGUACAGCCAAGUAUUAGAAAAUAAAAGAUGCAUUCAAAGAAUGUUUUUGUCCAGUGAGCUUAUCAUCACUUCCUAACUGGUGCAUUUUGACAGUACAUAUGCAGAGUCCACUAAUAAUCAUGAACUGGUUAUAUGACUUCUCACCAAAUCCAUCAUUUGCACAGGUAUGUGCUCUGCUGUUAAGCAAUAAUUGUGGUGCUGUGGCUGUAGUUGUAUGCGUGUACACGUGAACAUUUGUAUGCAGGAGGGAGUGAGGUGUAGAUGCUGUAUAGUUUGCCUAAGAUAUAUUGAUUGUAUAUUGUGUAAAAUGUGGGCUGCUAAAGCACUUCUGAAAGCAACCUCUUCAGUGUUCCUGGGGCUUUCAUUUCUUAGGCCUCAGCUAUCACUCUCCCUGCAUCUUAUCAAGUCAUCUCUCACUUCCAGCCAGCGUGAGGAGCGUUACGCAUCAUUUACGAGGAAAAAAAACCUCCAAUGAAGACCAAGAUGCAGUCACUAUCUGCUUAACCUGUGCACUGGACCAUGUUGACAUCCAUCCAUGACAAGUGCUCGUAUGAUGACUGUGGAUUGUCACACAUAAGAAACGUUAGCAUGUAAAGACUGUUUGCACAGGUGCACCUGCUGUAUAGUUCUUCAGCACUGUAUUGGCUGUUGUAUAGCUAAUCCACAAUCUAUUGCUCUAUAGGCAGAUGGUGGGGGUGGUACCGCAUUUGAAGUGCAUGCUUACAGUCUUACACAUUGCAGUGUCUUCUCUCUAACACCCCCCCCAAGAUGUAACAGGAGCAGCAUGUAUGUUCACUAGUAUAGACUCAAAAUUCACUUUGUUCUGCCCCACCUACCUCUCGACUGUAUAGUCCCCAUCAUUUGUUCUACUUUAUGCCAUGAGCUUUGAUGUUCCACUCACAGCCUUGGUAACACUAUAGGUUUUGUCUCUCACUCUUUCUAAGUUAUUAUGAAAGAAAAAGUCUGUUAAAGAUUUGCUAGUGAUUUGAAUGUUAAUUAUACUGCAGAUUACAGAUCUCUCACCAUCAUAGUGCCAUAGACUGCCUGGUCUUGCACUUACUAGCAGCCACAACGCACUAUCAUUCCUGGGGAUUAAAGCAAUGCUGUAAUUAUAUUUGCAAAGUAUUAUUCAGGAAAAAGAUCAUUUUAUUAAUAUUGUACAAACAUGCUUGGGGGGAGAAAUAAAUCAGUCAUUUAUUAUGUAAAGCAUCACUAAUGUCCAUUUUAGAAGUAACACUACACUGUAAUAGAUUGUUAUCAUGUGCGUAAUUGUGCAUGAGUUGUGAACCGUUGCAUUUCUCAUCUGAAUAGCAGGGUGUUACUGUGUGAUCACGUGAGUGUGCCUUAAGUCGCGCUUUCCUACCGUCACGUCUGCUCUUCAUCAUGUGGUUUGAGUCGAGAGCCUGUACGCUCAGAUUACCACUAACUGCUGGUAUGGAAAGACUAUCUGAAUGGUUAGAUGAUGUCAGAACAGAUUAUGAACAUAAUUUAUGUCCAGAGGUAUUAUUUGUUUUCUAAUUUUUUCAUCAAUAUGUUUGAGUAAAUAAAGUAGGUGUUUCUAUUUUCA